GUUGAAGUGGUUGCGAAUAAGCAUAAAUGAUUUCAAGUGAAAACCAUUCGAUUCGUUGUGGCGUCCGCCAGAAAAUCAACUGUUGUACUUCAUGACGCCACGUGCUUGGUCUUGGCGCAUCUGACAAAUGCACGACGGCGACAUGCGUGGAAGCUAUGUGAACGUCACCGAAGUCCGAGUAGAAACAGUCGCGUUCCGACGUUAAUUUGAUCCUCACUAACCUCUCUACUCACUACACACUCAACAGCUCAUCGUGACCCCAGUAGAUGCAGUUCUAGUCGCACCAAUGGAUACCUCCACACCCGCCGACGACAUCACGCUCACGCUCACGCAUCACGGCAGCCCCAUAACCUUCACCUUCGCGCAAGAUGCCACCGUCGCCGAUCUCUCAGAACGCGUCGCCUCUGAACUUUCAAUACCUGCCUUGAACCAGAAGUUCCUCGUCUCUCCCAAAACCGGCCUCCUGAAGCCGCCGUUCAAAGACGCCACACUCCCGCUAUCUUCCUUGCAGGGAAAGAAGAUAAACCUUAUGGGAAGCACAAUCGCCGAGGUCACAUCCCUCAACGACUCUAUAUCCAAAGCCGCUGCGCCGCGCCGCCCAGGCCCAAUAAAAGCCGCGACACCCGCGCGAAAUCGCGACUGGAAGAAAGUGCAGGAGGAAGCGCAGUACACAUUCCACACACUGCGGCCGCUGCCGUAUCUCCCGAAUCCAGACCGCAGUCUGCGGUUCUUGGAGCGGCUGCGGGAUGACGCAGGCAUCAAAGCCGCGAUGCGGACGCACAAGUUCAGCGUACCGCUGUUGACGGAGAUGGAUCCCGCCAUGCACACCACACAUGAGUCGCGAACGCUGGGCUUGAACAGGAACCAGGGCGAAGUCAUCGAGCUGCGGUUACGGACGGAUGCGUAUGAUGGGUAUAGGGAUUACAAGACGAUACGCAAGACGCUAUGCCAUGAGCUAGCGCAUAACGUGUGGGGCCCCCACGAUAGGAAUUUCUGGGAGCUGUGCAAGCAGAUUGAACGAGAGGUUGAUCGGGACGACUGGACGAGGGGCGGGCAUAGUGUCGGGAAUCAGGAGUAUGCGGAAGGGUAUGAGGAAGAGGUGUAUGAUCAUGGGGGGUGGACCGGCGGGGAGUUUGUGCUGGGUGGGAGUGCGGGAGGGGGUGGAGGCGAGACGGUGGUUAAUAGUGCGGGAGGGACUGUGCAAGCAGGGAAUCUGAGUAGGAGGGAGAUAUUGGCGAAGGCAGCGGAGGAGCGGAUGAAGAGGGCGAGGCAGGCUGAGGAGGGGAGUAGGGGGAGUGGGGAGGCGCCUUCAUGAGGAGAUGUUAUUUCCUGUUCUUGACCCCAGGGAUGGUACGCUUACGACGAUAGCAUACACCACGGCGGUGAUGUGUUCAGGGGUCAUGGCCGAACUAUAAUGUAAUCUAGCAUCACAAGAACAAGCGUCCACGAUCACUGCGUUGACGACAAGUACGAUGCUAAAAUCUGGCAGGUGCGACUGGCUAGCUUAAGCCUCUAUGGGCAGUCCCCUUGACCUUAGCAGUCCAUCAAUCUGGGCCUAGAUCUCACUACGACUAGACCACAUUAUCCCACUAUCUUCUCAGGCUGCGUGGGAAAGACAGUACGCACCAAUGUUUGUUUGAUUGUACUGACAUCGGUU